AUGAACGUUGAUGAACCGAAAACAAUGACUUGUAAUGAUAUGAUUAGCUUAGAAGAAAAGGUUAAACUUACUUCCGAAGAAAAUAUCAGUUUAAAAUCUUACAUUGAACGUAUGAAUAGUGAAUGCAUGGAGCUCAAUGCCACUUUGUUUGAAGAAGCAAACAGAAUGGUCCAUGAAGCCUUAUCUAAAGAACAUUAUGCCGUUAGACAGGCCAAAGAGAAAAUUCAAGAAAAUGAGAUACUUCAAUCGGAAGUUCGUGCAUUAAAAUUGUUAGUUGCUGAAUUAUCAUCAAGCAUAACAAAUCAAAAGAUUAGAAACUCUUUAUAUAGUACGAGGAUGAAAUAUGAUAAUAUAGCUUGUAAUAAAUCACCUGAAAUUCAUCGUAAAUUGGCUACAGGUAAUCUUUUGGAAAUGAAACGAAAUAAUGCUAAAUAUGGUGGAUUAGAACAAUUUAAUCGACGUGAUCUUUUAACAGCAAUGAUUACACAUAGACCAUGUAAAAAUAAUUUAGAUGUUGAUACAUUUGAAGAAUUUCUAGAAUGGAUACAAAAUGAUUGUCCAUUAAAUUUACCUACGAUAGCAUUUACAGAAUUAAAUGAACAAUUAUUAUGUAAUCAAGAAAAUACAAAGGAAAAAGAGAUAAAAGAACAUACUAAAAAGGAAAUCAAUGAACGAACGACUAAGAUUAAUAUACCUGGUCAAAUAUUAGACAUAACAGAUAUUAAUAAUCAGAAAAAUGAAAACAUUAAUAAUAAUAAUAAUAAUAAUGAAAGGAAUAAUCAUUUAACUUUAUCCAAUAGUUUUGGUGUACACAACUCUGUGAAUAAUGUAGAAAAAAUUCCAAAUAAUAACAAUAACUAUGAUAACAAUGCUAAAAGCCAAGAAUCUAAUCAUUCUAUUCAUUUAAUAAAAACAAAUGAUGUUACAUUAAAUAAUUCAACUAAAUCAAAUAAUCAUGUCUCUAUUAAUGAAAUUUCAAAUGAUUCAAUAAAUAAUCAUAAUCAUUCACAAAUUAAAACAAUAACUGAUGAUAAAUAUUUUUCAUCAAUAAUUAUAAAUUGUGUUAAAACAAAUUCAACAUUCAAUUCAAAUUAUAUUCCAUUCGAUAAACCUUUAUCAAAAUUUAUCUAUCGUUUAUAUUUACAAGAUAUUAAACCUUGUUUUGAAUUUAUUAAUAAAAAACUUAUUACUUCAAUUUAUCAAGCAUUACCAGAAUUAGGUUUAGAAAUUACACCAAUUACACCGGAAUUAGGCGGUGGUUUACGCCAGAAUAAUGAUGUAAAUAAUGGUGAUAAAACAGUAAAAGUUGGUCAUGAAUAUUGUGAAUUAAUGCCAAAAUAUGAAGCUGUAUUUCGUAUGAAAAUUAGAACACCUGAUUCCAAUGAAAUUGAUUGUAAAAUAUCAUUACCAGCAAGAGAUAUAUUAGUUGCAAUUGUCAAUCUAUUUCAAUACUUAAGUAUAAUAAAACGUGGUCUAGAUUCUAGUCCGAUGAUUAGUAUUAAUAGAAAGAAGGAUAAUCAUCUCAUCAAUUUAAAAAAUCAAAAUAAUUAUCACAAUAAUGAAAAAGAAGCCAUCACAAAAGAAAUUGAAAUACAAGAACAACAAUUUCGUACAAUUCAACGGCAUCGAUUAAAUAUUGCACUAGCUCGACUUGGAUAUGGAACACCAGAUUUAGAAUGA